GUGUUUUAUUUAUUUAAUAGCAUAUUAGAUGAAUUGUUGGAAAGUUCUUCAUCGGAAGAUGAGGAUGCGAUGUUUACAGUGUUAUUUGGUCGAAAUGAGAAACAUCGCGUAAAACAAUUUGUUCAAACUGUUAUCCAUAAUUAUUCGGACAUUGAAUUCAAGACGAAUUUACGUAUUAGCCGGGAUAGUGCUAAUGAUUUAAUCCAGAGGUUUUCCACAACUUGCGGCGAAAGAUCAUACCAAGGCGGUAGACACCAAGUAUCUGCGGAAACCUCAAUACUAUUAUUUUUGUGGUUUAGUGGAAACAAGACCACAUUACGAGAAGUCUCAAAUCUCUUUGACCUGUCACUUUCAACAACCCACUCAUGUAUAAAUAAAGUUUUGGAUUUCUUGGUGAAUGAUGUGGCACCACAAGUUAUUAAAUUUCCAAGCACAAACGAGGAUAAGGAAUAUGUCGCCAAAGAAUUUGAAAAGAUAUCUGGAGUUCCAAAUGUAUUGGGUUGCAUAGAUGGAAGUUACAUCUCUAUAAGGACACCCAAACACAAAAUCCGGUCUACAUAUGCUAACAGACAUGACACUGUAUCAAUAACCAUGCAAGGAAUUUGUGAUUCAAAAUUAAAAUUUCUUGACGUAUAUACUGGAGUACCCAGCAAAAUUCACGAUUCGAGGAUAUUGAAACUGUCUUUUAUAUCAAAAGAUUUGCCUGCUUUGUGUUGUCCGAAAUAUUAUUUACUAGGAGAUUCUGCUUAUCCUUUAAGGCAUUAUCUAUUAACUCCAUAUCGCGACUAUGGUAAUUUGAGCGAAUCAGAAAGAAAUUAUAAUUUAAAAUUUUGUCAAACCCGUGUUAAAAUUGAGAAUGCUUUCGGUGUUCUAAAGUGCCGAUUUAGACAACUAAUGCGUUUAGAUUUUCACAAAGUCGAAACAAUGGCAAAAUUUAUCAUUGCCUGUUGUGUUCUUCACAACAUUUGCAUUGAUAGAAAUGACUUAUAUGAAGACGAAAUAGAAAAUACAGAAAUCCAUAACAAUGAUGACCCCUUGGGAGAGGACCUGAGAGAUAUUUUGCCAACCCAGUUAGGACAAUGCAAACGCAGUGAAGUAAAAGAUUAUUUAUAUGGAUUAAGAAAUUAAAUUUUAUUUAAAAUUUGUAUUUGAUUUUUUUUUUCUCAAACCCCGUUUAUAAAAUGGGCUAAUUUAAUUUUAAAAUUAAAUAAAUUAAAUAUAUUUAUAAAUUCAUUAA